AUGACAGAAGGUUAUGGAGCGAGUGAGGUACCUGUGGCGGCUAAUACGUCAUGGACCACGAACAGCUCUGAAAGUCCCGCCUUCCUGGAGUACGACAUCGGCAACGACAUCAUCUACAACGACGCCGUGCAGGCGCUGUUCUGCGUGGUGUACACGACCAUCUUCGUGCUGGGCCUGGCGGGCAACGCGCUGGUCGUGGCGGUGGUGGCGCGCAACCGCGCAAUGCACACCGUGACGAACGUGUUCAUCGGCAACCUGGCGCUGUCGGACGUGCUGCUGUGCGCGCUGUGCGUGCCCUUCACGCCGCUCUACACCUUCCUGGGCAGCUGGGUGUUCGGCGGCGCGCUGUGCCGCGCCGUCGUGCUCGCGCAGGGCACCAGCGUCUACACGUCGACGCUGACGCUGACGAGUAUCGCGGUCGACCGCUUCUUCGUGAUCGUGCACCCGUUCCGGCCGCGCAUGCGCCUCUCGACGUGCGCCUGGUCGCUGGCCGGCAUCUGGCUGUUCUCGGCGCUGGCUACGCUGCCCUACGGCCUGUACACGGUGCUGCGCGCCGAGCACGGCCACUACUACUGCGAGGAGAGCUGGCCGUCGGAGCGCGCGCGCCUCGCCUACGGCGCCGUCACCGCCGCUGCCCAGUUCGCGCUGCCCUUCGCAGUCUCCGCCUUCUGCUACGUCCGCGUCUCGCUGCGUCUGGGCCGGCGCGCGCGCCACAAACCCGGCUGCCGCUCGGCGCGCAGAGAUGACGCCGACCGCGAGCGCAAACGCCGCACCAACCGCAUGCUCGUCGCCAUGGUCGCCAUCUUCGGGCUCUCCUGGAUGCCGCUCACGCUGCUCAACCUCGCCAAUGACGUCUUCACCUCGUUCGGCACCUGGCGCUACUUCAACCUGUGCUUCUUCCUGGUGCACGCGCUCGCCAUGAGCUCCACCUGCUACAACCCGUUCCUGUACGCCUGGAUGAACGACAACUUCCGCAAGGAGUUCCGGCGCGUGCUGCCCUGCUUCGGACUCGACACGGGUGGCGGCAACGUUCGCGGCGUACCGAGGAUCUCCUGCGCCCCUAGUGGCAGGACGCAGGACUCGCUGCUGCCGACGACGUCAACUGCGCAGCCCCUAGCUGCAUCUGCGUGCCUCACACGUCUUCCAUCUCCUGCCGAGGUAAAAGAAGACAACGCCACACGAUGCGCCUCCUACUCCGUACCUGCCGAAGAGGUUCACCUGCAGGUGAAGGACAAGUCGAAAUUCGAACAAGACGGCCGCCAUCUGCUCACCGGCGUCCUCAGUGAUACCUUGUAG